AUGACAAACGCAAUAACAAUGACAAGUACAACAACAAUGCCAAGCACAACAACAAUGAUCAGCACAACAGUAACGGCCAGCAUAACAACAAUGGCUAGCACAACAACAAUGACAAGCGCAAUGACAAUGACAAGUACAACAACAAGGACAAGCACAACAGAAAUGACGAGUACAACAACAACAAUGACAAGCACAGCAGAAAUUCCAAGCACAACCACGAUUACAGGCACAACAGAAACAACAAGCUCAACAACAAUGGCCAGCACAACAACUGUUACAUCUGCUGACAUCAUAACCACGGCAAGUGGUCGUGAAACAUCUGCAACAAUCACCACAGUAAGCACAGCGAUGGCUGCAAUCCCUGAAAUAAUUACCAGCACGACAAGUAUUAUGUUCAUUAGCCCAGCGGUCACUACUACUGACAUAACCACAAUUACAAGUGAUGCUGUCCUAAUGAGUUUGCUAACUACUACUACGACCACAGUAGAAAGCAGCGACUCGACUACGACCACAGCGGAACGUGGCGACUCGACUACAGCCACAGUGCAUAGUGGUGACUCGACUAUGACUACAGUGAAUAGUGGCGACUCGACUACAGCCACAGUGAAUAGUGGUGACUUGACUACGACCACAGUGAAUAAUGGCGACUCGACUACAACAUCUUCUACGUCUACAACAGGUAAAAUAACAGAUCACUAG